AAAACAGCCUGUCGGUUUUUAGUUUGAAUCCGAAAAAUCCAGAGGUAAGAAUUCUAAUUUUUUUGCCCACAUUUAAAAAAAGUAUUGUGUAUAUUAUGGCUUUAACGUUUGCCUGCUCUGCAUAUUAAACUACGUGCGCACCAUUUAAAAAGAUAAUGUUGAUUUAUGACUGACGCUUGCGUGCUCUACAUUUUAAACUACGUGGCCCCUUUUUUAAAAUAUUGUUGAUUUUAUGACUAACGCUUGCGUGCGGUGCAUUUUAAACUACGUUGCCGACGAUGUCCACGUUUUAAAUGAACGGCAUCAAACAGCAGCAGUCAUUUGACGUAAGGGUGUAACUCCUGACAGAGUCGUCAGCAUGGAGUUUCCGGACGAUUUUAACCAGCUGGAUCUUCUAAAUACACACAACCACCUGAUCCCUCGAGGGGCUAGCUGCCUGUGGACUGGGAGUAAAGAUGAAGAGGGAGAAAUGGAUGAUGAAGAGGUCCAUAGUGAGGAGUGGUACCUUCAAAAAGAAGAGAGUCUCAAAGACAAACCAGCUGCGCUCAUUCUUUGGGCUGCAGAAAACAACCGCGUGUCUUUGGUCCACAGAUUGUUAGCUGCAGAGGCCUCGUUGGUACACAGCAGCGAUGAAGACGCUUACACUCCCCUGCACCGGGCCGCCUACGGCAACCACGUGGACGUGGCGGCUGCCUUGCUGGCUGCCGGCUCGAAGGUGAACGCUCGCACCGUCGACGGUUGGACGCCCCUCCACAGCGCGUGCCGCUGGGGGCACGUCACCAUGGCGACCUUGCUCCUGCAUCAUAGCGCUGACGUUAACGCUCAGACCAAUGGAGGCCUCACGCCUCUACACCUAGCCGCCUCGCACAGCAGUUCGUCCAAAACUGACUGGCGCCACACUUUGGAGCUCCUCCUCUCUCAGCGCCACCUGAAGGCAGGACUUCGCAGCAACAGUGGGGAGAGCGCCAGUGAGCUGGCUCGACGGAACGGCCCCUACCACUUCCUGUUUGAGAUGGUAGAAGACUGUGCCAGUGUUUUUCCCAGCCAAUGAAUGUUUUCUUCAAGACAAGUGAGGUAUUUAACAGUUUUUUUGAAAAAUGACUUGGGUAAUGCCCCUCUUGUCACACUGUAUAUUCAUAUGUGGUAAUUAAUGACAGUCUUGGGAAUUUUUGUAAUCCAAUGAGACAGAUGCGGCUGUCACACGGCUUUUUGUUGAACUGAAUAUGCCCUCGCAAAUUUUUGAUCUAUUUUUCCCAACCUGUUUUAUUUUGACUCUGACUUCUCCUCUUGAGGAACUCGAAGGCUGUCUGCUGAUGUAUACAACAUUGAAAGGCUUUUUUUUCUUCAGUAACUGCACACACACACACAAGAGGUUACAUAAAAGAUGUUUUGAUGCGCAACUAUUUGUCUUCCCUCAGUGGUGAAAAAUUGACACAAAAUUUGCACUUUUUGGAACUUUAGACCAUAACACAGCCUAACUGUUAUUCAAAUUAUCUGCUGAUGUUUUAUGUGACACAUUUUAAACUCAUCAUUUAGAAUGAUGAGUUUGACUGUUUGAAAGUGCUCUAUAAAUACAGUUGAGUUGAGUUGAGUACUUAGGAUACCUUCUGCUGCACAUUCACUCCCGUACAGAUUAUAUUAAACCAACACACCGGACAAACUACUACAAACUUCCCUUUUAUUUCAUAUCUCUACUCCAACAUACCUGAUUCAGUUGUUCACGAUCGUUUCAGGGCUCUUCAGAGCUUACUGGUGAGCUGAUCAUUUGAAUCAGGUGUGUUUGAGUCGAGAGGGACCUAAAACAAGCAGGAUAUGGCUCUCGAGGGGAACCCGAGUUCCCUACCCCUGCUUUAGACGGAACAAAAUGGAAACUGCUAGUUUUGCCAGUUAGCGCUCUUGUAUGCGCAUGCACGGUGAGGCAUGCAACAGGUGUAUCACUGGCUUCCCCAGCAUAUCAAACAAGUGACAAAUUUCAAAACGGAUGAUAGAUUUCUUUAAAAACUCAUUUACUACCAUUGACAGGCAGCUUAUUCCAAUAGUAUAGAACCAGGAGUGCUGGCAGCGAUUGAGUUAAUGCCAUGCAAUUGACAGGUGACCCUUUCGCGAGCUACCGGUCGAUCGCGAACGACGCAAGUGAGCACACCCAAUUUAUAUCAUGCUUCAGGCAGUUUUGCACUCCUACCAGAGAAAGCGACAGUCUGUACUGAAUGGCAAUUAAGGCCAUUUCUUCUCAAAUACUGAGUCUUUUUCAGAUUCACUUUGUACAUUCGAUUGGUUAGUUGUUGUGGCAACCUUUGCAUGUCUGCCGGAGUGCAUUAGAAAUGUGAAUGUGAAAGCAAUUUGGCAGUUGGAGCCCCAGUGAAAAGUAUUUUUUUUUUUUUCUUUUCCCCCCCAUGCUGCAAACAGUUUAACCUCCAGAAAGGUCACUCGAUGUUGCCUCCUGAUGAGCUCCCAUUUAGUGCAUCUUAUAAAUGCCGUGCCUCCACUAGUGGCACUGGGUACGUCGGGAUUUUGGACUGAAAUCACGAAUCGGAUCAGUGAAAAACAUUCAUGCAGUAAUUAACUCUGAUUGGAGUUAGAAGCUAUGGCAAGCAGUAAAGAUAAAAGCUCGGUACUUUAAGGUUAAAAGUGAGUCAUGCCUUUGGUUGUGACCCUUUGCUAUCAAAAGUACCCCAUGCUCAAUACAAUAAAUUAAAUUCUGCAUGGUAUGAUCGUGUGUGUGCGCGCGCGCGCGUUUUAGUUUUUUACCAUUAAAAAAGAGUCAAAUGUCAAAUGUUUGUGUAGUUACUGGCUUUUUAAAUGAGACUUUUCAUGACAGCGUUCUUGCGUAGGCCAAUUUAGAGAGUGACGCAAGGAUCCAUUGUCCACAGGAAUGCAUCCUUUCACCAGCCAAGUGUUUCAAUAUCUUGUAAAUGCCCGAUGAGAUUGUGUGCGUAACAUUACAGCCUAUAAAAAUAUGUUCAUAUUAAGUAUUUCAAUUAAAGAAAAUACAGAUGA